AUAAGAGUAAGGUUCAAGGGGGCAGUACUUCCAUAUAAAAUUGCAACAACUAAACAUCCUAAAUCAACCGCCCCCCUUUCCAUCUCUCUCUUUAAGCCCAAGGAGGAGAAGCAGCCAAUUCCUCUUCUCUGCUUCUCCACUCCCAUAGUUUUACCAAUCCUAUUUUUGCAUAUUUUUAUCUUUCUAAAUGUUAUCUUUAUUGUAAAAUUAAACCCUUUUUUCCUAAUAUCAUCAAUUUUUUGCCCUCCUUUUUCUUAAUUCUUCACCUUUUCUUGUGAUAUUUUCUCGAAGGAUACAAUUUUUAAUAAUACCCAUUUUUAAUCAUCCGUCAUUUACUCUUAUUCAAUAGCUUUUUAAUGUUGUGAAGUUUAAAGCCCUAGCAGGAUUCUUUUGGGGAUUUUUGGUCUAAUUUGAGUAUUUUUAUUCAUGGGUUGGGACAGGAUACAAAUUUCUAAUGGUAAAGAAAAAGGGUUUUUGACUAAUUGCAAUUUAGGGCUUCAAUGGAGUAUCCCAGAAGAAAGUUACCAAUCUUUACAACCUACUGGUGGUUUAUUUGCAAGCAUUGGACAAAUGGGAGGUGUUGGUUUUGGUAGUGGAGUAUCACCAAAUCCUACGAAUUCAAAGGACAAUGAUGGAGGAUUUAAGCUUCCAUACAUGGAUUUGUAUGUAAAGUAUGUUUCUUGCCCUGAAGGUUCCAAAAUUUUUGGGCUUCCUGAAACUGUGGAAGAGGAGAAGACUAAGAAGAAGAAGGGUAAGUUUAAGUUGAAGAUUAAGGUUGCUAAUCCUUCAUUAAGGAGGUUGGUUAGUGGUGCCAUAGCCGGGGCGGUUUCGAGGACGGCUGUAGCACCAUUGGAAACAAUUAGGACUCAUUUGAUGGUUGGAAGUAGCGGACAUUCAACUACAGAAGUGUUUCAGGACAUUAUGAAGACUGAUGGAUGGACUGGAUUGUUUAGGGGAAAUUUGAUUAAUGUUAUUAGGGUGGCUCCUAGUAAAGCUGUUGAGCUGUUAGCGUAUGAUACAGUCAACAAGUUCUUGUCAUCAAAGCCGGGAGAACAAUCUAAAGUUCCUGUCCCCGCUUCUCUCAUUGCUGGGGCAUGUGCAGGGGUUUCCUCUACCAUUUUGACAUACCCUCUUGAAUUGGUAAAAACCCGAUUAACCAUACAGAGGGACGUCUAUAAUGGUAUAGUCGAUGCUUUUGUGAAAAUAAUACGUGAGGAAGGUGCAUCUGAGCUAUACAGAGGACUUGCCCCGAGCUUGAUUGGAGUGAUUCCAUAUGCUGCAACCAACUAUUGUGCGUACGACACGCUGCGAAAAGCAUACCGAAAACUCUUCAAGCAAGAGAGAAUCGGAAAUAUUGAAACCCUUCUGAUUGGCUCUUUAGCAGGUGCCAUCUCCAGCACUGCAACCUUUCCUCUUGAGGUGGCUCGGAAGCAUAUGCAAGUGGGCGCUGUCAGCGGUAGACAGGUAUACAAAAACGUGUUACACGCUUUGGCAAGUAUCCUCGAGCAGGAAGGAGUACAAGGGCUAUAUAGAGGUCUAGGACCUAGUUGUGUGAAGUUGGUACCGGCUGCUGGGAUUUCAUUCAUGUGCUACGAAGCAUGCAAGAGGAUACUAGUGGAGAAUGAAGACGAGGCAUAGUUUACCCAAGGAAUAAAUUCGAUACUUCUCACAUUUUUGUCUGUCGCAAGGUUUUGUUUUGAAUUUUGCUUCCAGUAGCUGAAUCCUUCUCUUAGAUUUCUAUCACAAUUUUCCUUCAUUUAUCCUGAUAUCUUUGUUGAAUAUGAUACACUCAAUUGAGACAUGCGGAAGUGAUAAUUUUGCGGCCAAUAUAGUAAAAACUUCUGUUGGUUCUGUGUA